AUGUUCAUCGAGUGGUUAAUAAUAAAUAUGUUGAUUCCACUGGCGUUUGGAGCAAUCGGAGGACUUGUCGGACGAACACAAAGUACUGCUGUUCAAGGCACAUUAACAUGUAAUGGCAGACCACUAAAAAAUGUACUCGUGAAACUCUAUGACAAUGAUCGAGGCAUUGGUUUUGAUGAUUUUAUGGGUGAAACAACAAGCGAUGAAAAAGGCUUUUUUUAUGUAAGCGGUAGUAAUGCUGAAAUAUCGGACAUUGAUCCCAAAUUUAAUAUUUACCAUGAUUGCAAUGAUUGGUAUUGGCCAUGCCAGCGUAAAAUCAGUAUAAUGAUUCCGGACGACUAUAUUACUGUCGGGGAUGUUCCAAAAAAGACCUAUAACAGUGGAAUUAUUGAAUUGGCUGGAGAAUUUUCUGGAGAAACUCGAGAUUGCAUUCACUAA